GCACCACGCACUUGAACGGGGGAUGCAAGCGGAUCACGCGGGUUUCGUCAGACAGCGGUGCCCUUCGAGGCGGAGAGUUUCAAACCCCAACCCACGCGCCCCCGCCCCCACACACACCACGAACACCACCCUCCAUCUCCCCCCACCCCCGGCCUCCCGUGCAGACACCUCUCAUCCGGCGACUGGACGCGCUGCGCAGCCACAAGCUCCGCUCCCGCAGAAGCAGAAGCGCUUCACUUGGCUCCACUGCUUGCGGCUCCCGGCUGCUGUGACGUGUCCCGAGAACCAUGAGCACUGUGGAGGAGGAACCGGAUCACAUGAUACCAUGAAGACAAGCCUGCAGGUCCUGCGCUGCCAGCUGCUCAGUGUUCUAGCCGUCUUGGCGCUGCCAGUAGGACUGGUGUCAUCGGCACAGGGGCUGUUCCUCAACCAGGCAUCCCAGGACUCCGUCUCCAUGGCAACCGCCCACAGCAGCCACCUUUCCGCCCCUGAACCUCAGGAAGGCUCCAGCAGCGGGGAAGGGUCAUCCAAAGGAGGCCCUCAACCCUCGAACGUCGCGCUCCCGGCCUUCCACGACACUGUGAAUCGGGCCGGUCUGAGUCAAGUCCAUAACCCAGCUACUGUGAGCGCUCACCAGGCCGGCAGCGGUGUCCUCCAAUCUCCCCGCACAGCGGCCCCAAAUAUAGAUCCGGCAUCUACUGCCAGAGAGGGUUCGGCUCGUGUCUCCAGCCUGGAUUUUGACCGCGCGGAGCUUCAGAAGCUGCGCGUGGACGAACCGACCGGGCCCAGCCGUCACCUUUCCCCCCCGGGGACGAAUGUUGACCCCGCAGCGGCCCUGGAACUCAGGGAGCACCCUCGGGGCGCCUCGGAGCUCGCCGCGCCCCACGCCAUCACCCAGAGGGACGUGCAUUCGGGGAACGAGCCCCCAACCGGCGAGCUGGCAACCGAGCCGCAGGGGGGGCCAGUCACGCUCACUGCCGACGACCCGCUAAAGAAUCUAACGACCACCGCGGCCCCCGCAGCGCUGUCCACCGAGCCCCGACCGAAGACACAGAGUCCGACAAUCGUCCCGAGCGACCACCCCGCACCCAACGGGACCGCCGCUGAGGAGGGUCGAGGUCCCGUUGCCGGGGGCAACGCCACGGACAAUGCGACCGCAUACGGGGGGCUGCUUCCGAACGGCAGCUCCGUCGAGGGGCCGCCAGCUCAGGGGAACACCUCGGAGCCCCCCUCCACGGCCAGCGGGAAUUUCCUGAACAGGCAGGUGCCGGCCACCACCGAGGACCCCUGGGCGCCCGGCAACAGCUCGGGCCCGACCUUCGACUCCCCGCUGUCCCGCACGACCAUCUGCCUGAGCAGGAUGGACAUCGUGUGGAUCGUGCUGGCCAUCAGCGUGCCCGUGUCCACGUGCUCUGUGCUCUUGACUGUGUGCUGCAUGAGGAGGAAGAAGAAGUCCUCGAGUCAGGAGAACAACCUCAGCUACUGGAACAACGCCAUCACCAUGGACUACUUCAGCCGGCACGCUGUGGAGCUGCCCAGAGAGAUACACACUCUGGAGAGUGAGGAUCAAGACAGCUGCCUGCCCCCCAACGGAGACUACAGCGGCAGCAGCGUGGUCCUGGUUAACCCCUUCUGCCAGGAGACGCUCUUCAUCAACAGAGACAAAGCUUCUGCCAUCUAGAGACAGGAAAAAAAAGAGAGACGCCGUCGGAGUCUCCUCUUCUACUCCCCCUGCUGUUGCUGUCUAUUUUAUAAAUGUGCUAAAUAUUCAGAAACGUUGACUUUAUACUGAACAUGACAAACACUAAGAGGCAACCUGAAAGAGCAGCGACGCAAACAGACACUCUUUGAGGAUGCACAUGCAUAUUUUUCUGAUGUACAUUUUCUACAGAAGGCUUAAUUGUGAUAAAAAGGUUUUUAUUGUCUUUAUAAAAUACAGAUUAUAUGUGGUUUUGGUUCAUUAAACUGGCGCGCUGUGGACGCUGCCACAAGAAAUUUUGCUUUAGCGAGAGAAACGUGCUACGGAAACAUUAAAGCUGUUGUUUUUUUUCA